AUGAAGGUCCCAUCAGUACAUGUAUGUAUCCUGGCUCUUGUUGCUACGCUGUGUAGCUUUUCAUCCGUUCAAUCCUUUACCAGUCAUCAUAGUAUUCGUCCCUACGGAACCACUUCCUUGAAAGCAUCGACGGCCAACAGCGACGCCACUACAACGACGGAAGGAGACAAAACUUCCAGUGGACUCUUGAAACGAGAUCGCUACGUCGCUACCAACCGAUUUGCGGUCCGUCAAGGCAAGGCUGCCAAAUUCGAGAAACGCUGGGCCACACGAAAAAGCAAAUUGGCAACGCUCGAUGGAUUCAAGUACUUUCACUUGAUGCGACGUGUCACUCUCAAUAACGACGAUGGCAGUAAUGUCUACGACGAAGGAGAUGGCGACGACACGGCACAUGGCAACUAUGUCAGUUUCACCAUUUGGAGCAAAAAGUCACACUUUUCAGCCUGGAGAUCGGGAGAAGCCUUCAAGGAAGCUCAUGGAGGAACUUCCAUUGGCGCAUUUGUCUCCACCAUGGUCAAGAGUGCCAUGGUACUACGAGGUGCUCCUCGACCGGCUUUCUACGAUGGACUCUUGAUCCAAUCCACAAUACCAGACUCGCAAGGAGAAGUUGUUGACGGAUGGAGAAAUGUCAAUGCCGAUGGAGUCAACACGCUUCCCACAGAAUGCUUUGUGGCGUGCAAUCAGUUCUUUGUACCACCCGAAAAUGCCGCCGCUUUUGAACAACGAUGGAAAAAUAGAGAAUCCAAACUGCAAGAAUGCGAUGGAUUCGUUGCUUUUACCAUGAUGCGCAGAGAUGCAUCUGCCAAGGGACACGGAGUCGUUCCCCUUUCCAGUGGAGAACCCAGUUACACAUCCUGCACCAUCUGGAGAGAUCGGGCGGCAUUUGACAAUUGGAGAAAGGGAUCCGCCUUUCAAAAGGUUCACGGUGGUGGCGAUGCCAACAGCAAGAAAUCAGAGGAAGAAGCCAAGCCAGCGACACCGCCACAGCCACUCUGGAGCCAGCCACCACAACCAGUCUUUUACGAAGGCACGUUAGUGAUCACUGGUGAAGAUGGUGCUUGA